CCGCGUACCCCACAUGCACCCUCUCAACCCCGUGCCGAGGCCGAUGCGAUCUUGAUAUUACCCACCUUUUCGUUCCAGUAUGAUGGAUAGAACGCAUCCUAUUCAGUGAAACCCCCUCGACGCUAUGCCUCCUCCGGAAAUACAUCGCGAAACCCGGCGGCUCGGAUCGUUAGCGCUCGCAAGGUGUGACUUAUUGGACCAAAGCCCAGCCCACUCCGCGUAUUGUCAAGGCAGACUGACCAUUUGAUUGUUUCCUCGCACUUCCUCUCCAGAACCGUCCUCUACAUCUCUUUCCUCUUUCUCGGAGACAGCCUCCUCUGGAUCAAAGAGGACGCCGACCACAGAGAUGGAUCUUCAAAACCUCAGGCUCCUACUCAUGCUCUUGCCAAGACUGCCACUCAUUGCGCGCAUUACAAUACUGCAUCUACUGCACUUGUCCGAUUCGUCGAAGUACCUGGACCUGAGAUCGACUCUCACCAUAGGCGUGCUCAGGAGUUUCCUGACGCCAACGCCAGGGAAACCUCGAAGCAUCUCUGCUGUCCAGAAACUGACACUGCGAGAUCCGGGCGUCAAGGGGCGGAUAUGGGUCGCAACGUACAUGGCACCUGAGCCGGUUGUUUCCAACGUCAAAGAAGUCCUCCACGGGGCUGUCAAGGACUUGAGAGACCCCAGUCUUGGGGCGUUCGAAUUUGACAUGCCAGAGCUUAUACCUGUCGAGGCAGAAUGGACGGGCUAUCGCAAAGAUGCUUCGGCAGACGAAUCACCGCCUGAUAUAACAGAAAAGGCCAAGUACCAGAAGAUGGUGGAGGAGGUCACCAGUCCCACGACGAUAUUGUACCUCCACGGAGGGGCGUACUACCUGUGCGACCCGGCCACGCACCGCGCAACCUGCAAGAAACUCGCCAAAAUCACGGGAGGCAGAAGUUACUCCGUUCGCUACCGCCUUGCGCCGCAGGCCCCAUUCCCAUCUGCCCUCCUCGACGCCCUCGUGUCCUAUCUGACCCUUCUCUACCCGCCGGAGGGAGCGUGGCACGAUCUUGUGCGGCCAGAGAACAUAGCUAUUGCAGGCGACAGUGCAGGGGGGAAUCUCGUUCUCGCCUUGCUGCAGCUCAUCCUCCACCUGCAACGAACGGGCCAGAAGGUUCUCUGGCAGGGAGAGGAGCGUGAUGUCCCUGUGCCUAGCUGCGUGGCCUGCAACUCGCCGUGGCUGGACAUUACACAAUCAUCUCCCUCGUGGGAAGGCACCGCACCCGCACCGUGGGAUUAUCUACCGAAACCAGAGCAAGUGGCCUCGUCGGAGAUACAGCCUUGUCCAAUAUGGCCUGCCACACCCGAGCGGAAGCAUCUGUACGUCGCAGACGAUCUGAUCACCCACCCACUCGCGUCCGUGGUGGUUAACAGCAGUUGGAAGGGAGCUCCGCCUGUGUACAUGUGCACAGGUUGGGAGAUACUCGCCUUGGAGGACAAAUACUUUGCCAAGAAGCUCGAGAGUGAGGGAGUGACCGUUGUCUUUGAGGAGUAUGAGGCCAUGCCGCAUUGUUUCGCCAUGAUCUUGGAAAAGACUGCGAAUGCUGCGCGGUGCUACGAAGGAUGGGGCGGGUUUAUUCGUACGUGCACAACAGGGGGAACGGUAGAGUCGAGCGCUGUCGAGAUCAAGGCGAAGACUCUGGAUGAGAACGUGUUGGCAUUUGACCAGCUGAGUGAUGUGAAAGACGAGGAUAUGGGAGAGCGUGUAAAGAGGAAGGGCGAACUUCUCGCCAAGCUCUGACGGCACAGAGGUUCAUGGAGUUCGGUUUUGGGUCGCGGUACUAUUGG